GAAUACGAAAGUUGCAGACGACAGACGAAUGUUUUUGUCGUCUGCUUCUGAGGAAACCUUCCUUUUCAUCUUUAAUAGAGGAUAACUUCUUGAUUUUUUUGCAAAACGACUUGAGUAUUUUACGCCGCGGUACACAACGUCAGGUCCUACGCUAUGGCUGUGACUUUAUUUGAGGCUUUUCUUCUUUUUGCAAGCUAUGGAUGAAGGGUGCUUUUCCACAAAUGACGAACUCUAAAUAGCGCUGGAAGACACCUGGCCAUAAAUACGAAAAGUGGAAACUUAUAAGCAAUUAUGCUGCCGAGUAAAAACAGCAAAACAUCCGACGAAAAUAGUUUCCAGGCUGACGAACUUUCAAAUUUGACUGACGGUCCUGGCGAGAUUGAAUUAGAAAGGAGACCAAAAAGACCAAAAGGCGUCUAUUCACUCCCAUUUGCAAGGGUGUCAAAGACUGUCAAGCGAUACAGAAAGGAGGAGGAAGAGAAUACUGAGGUCGACCCAAGUCGUGAGACAUUUGACUGGGAUGCCAUUGGAUAUGAUGAGUCAUCGUCUUUCUUUGACAAUUCUUCAACACUUGAUGAUCUACUUGGAGUGAAGUCAAGUCAAAGAGUAAACAGGGAGGCCUCCUCUGGGUCCUCGAAAGUGAGAUACUGGUUGGAUAGAAAGGACUUGCCUCACCCCAGCAAGUUACGAUCAUCAGGUAGAGACAGGAAGAGGAAGAGGAGAGAUGACAACCAUGUGCAGCACCAUGUUGCCCAACUGAAAAAGAAGCGGACAGAUUUUGACUGUUUCAGACUGGCAUCAACAAAUGCCACUGACCUAAGGGUAAGGACCAAAAGAGAUAGUGACAACUCAGUUCAAGAGGAAGAGAAUUUUCAACCGUCUGCAUACAGUGUCAAGUCUACGAGAGAUAUGCAGAGGUACAGAGGUCCUAAGUCACCACUCUCUGUGUGGAAUAUCCCUGGCCACUGCAGGACUCCUGGUGUACAGCAGGUUCCAACAAUGUCUCCAGCAGAGCCCAACUUCCUGCAGUACAGCACAGAUCUGGAUGGUGGCAGUGCUGCGAAUCCCUGCUUUGAUCAGGUUCAUGGUUUGGUUACUAGCUGAUAUUGAUAGAGUGUAAUUGCUGUAGACAACACUCCAGAAAAAUAUGGACUGUUCUGAGGAUCACAUCAUUGUAACACUACUAGUGCUGGUAUUG